GUAAACAUAAGAAAUUUCAAAGCAUUUUUCAAUUAACAAAAGCAAAGUAAACAUGGUGGUUAAAGUUUAUGGUUCAAUAAGGGCAGCAUGUCCUCAGAGAGUGCUGGCUUGCCUCAUAGAAAAAGAGAUAGAAUUUGAAAUUGUCCAUGUUGAUCUUGAUAAAGGAGAACAAAAGCAACCUGAAUUUCUUCUCCUCCAGCCUUUUGGUCAAGUUCCAGUAAUAGAGGACGGUGAUUUGAGACUCUUUGAAUCAAGGGCUAUUGUAAGGUACUACGCAGAAAAAUAUGCGGACCGUGGACCUGACCUACUUGGCAAAACAUUAGAAGAGAAAGCUGUGGUGGACCAAUGGCUUGAAGUAGAAGCACACAACUUCAAUGAUUUGUGCUUCAACAUCAUGUUUAAUCUUGUAAUCUUACCAAGGAUGGGAAAGCCUGGAGACAUAGGUUUAGUUCAUAGUUGUGAAGAGAAGUUAGAGAAAGUGUUUGAUGUGUAUGAAAGUAGGCUCUCUAAAAGCACUUAUCUUGGUGGUGAUAAUUUCAGUUUGGCUGAUCUUAGUCAUCUUCCUGGAAUUGGACAUCUUAUAGAGGAAGCAAAAAUGGGACAUUUGGUUAGUGAGAGGAAGAAUGUGAAUGCUUGGUGGAAGAAGAUUUCAAGUAGGCCAGCUUGGAAGAAAUUGAAGAAUUUGGUUGGUUAAGUAAGAAGCAGAUCUUUGUCUUAUUCAUAUAAUA